AUGACUGAACGAACAAAGGAAAUCCGUACAAUCCGAUGGGGAAUUCUAGCCACCGGCUGGAUUUCAUCAAUGUUCGUCGGUGACCUCCUCGCCGAGCGAGCAGACGCACCAGUAAACCACAUCGUCACUGCUCUGGGAACAUCCUCGCAGAACAAGGGCGUUGCCUUUGUCGAAAAGGUCUGGAAGGACAGCCCAUCACCGCGUCCACGCAUCUACGAUAACUAUGAAUCCGUCUACGCGGACCCUAAUGUUGACGUGGUCUAUAUCGGAACACCGCACUCGUUGCAUAGACCGAACUGUCUCGCUGCUAUAGCCGCGGGCAAGCAUGUUCUCUGUGAGAAGCCGUUCGCAAUUAACGAGUUGGAAGCGCAGGAUAUUGUUGAUGCCGCGAAGAAGAAGGGUGUUUAUAUCAUGGAGGCCGUGUGGACGCGUUUCUUCCCGCUGGUGAAAUCCCUCCAAGACCACCUCCAGGUGCACAGGUCCAUCGGCCAAGUACAGCGGUUUUUCAUCGACUUUGCAACUAAGAUGCCCCUCGCAGACCUCCCGGCGGACUCCCGUCUCAAGGACCCUUCCCUUGGAGCAGGAGCUCUCCUUGACAUUGGCAUCUAUGCACUAAUGUACGCCUCGCUAGUCAUGGCGCCUGGAAACCUAGGGAAUGACCAUCCCACGCCGAAAGUCCUCUCCAUGUUGAACGUCGCCGAGGGAAUUGACGACAGAGACGUCAUUAUCCUCGAUUAUGCCGCCGACAAGGAAGCUGGUCUUGAAAGACGAACGGCAAUCUGCACAACAACACUUAACUUCAAGGGCUCGGAGACCUUCGCGCGCGUUGAGGGCUCCGAGGGUACGAUCACGAUAUCCGGGAUCAGCCCAAGCUGUCCAGGGAAAUUCACUAUUGUGAAGACCGCGUCGAGCCCAGACAAGAAGCCAGCAGAGGAGCUCUUCGAGUUCAAAACUCCUCCCGGGACAUUUGGGUUCAUUUAUGAGGCAGAUGCUGUCGCGUUGGAUAUUGCAGCUGGGAGGACGGGUAGUGAUGUUAUGCCGCUAGAUGAGACUUUGAGGAUGAUGAGGCUUAUGGACGGGAUUCGGAAGGAAAAUGGCCUUAUUUACACCCAGGACUCGAUUUGA